GCCGCGCCAAUCUUUCCCAAGUUUCUGGCCCUUCGGCCCGACGAAGGACCAUCCUGAACCUGCAAACCAUUCGUCGUAAAACCCUAGCAGAUAAUGCAAGGGUACUGUUCGCGAUCGAUUUGCAAUCCCCAUCGCGUGACCGUCAUUCGACAGCACAGGCCACGAUCAUUUCAGGCUCUAUUCUUCCCCCCUGUUUUGCGAACUCGUUGAGCUAUUGCACACGAUUCUGCACCACGGAUCCUGCUCGAUGCUCUCGAUGCUCGAUGCACGGAUCAUGGAGAGUCCGAGAUACCCUUGAAGUCGUGGAUUGCUCCUAAUAGGCCCUUGAUAACCGGCAUUUGUCUGAUUUUUGAGUCGACUCAAAAGAUAACCGGCGUUUGUCUGAGUAUCUCCUAGUAGAGUUUGAGGGGCCCCGGGCCUCGUGACGUGGUAGUGCCCCGUAACCCAACAUUCCGGAGCUCAGGUUCUAAUAGUAUUAGUACUCGUACUAGGUUACUACUGCUAGUAGAACAUUCCGCAUGGAUAGUGGCACUUAUAACGAAUUCCUUCGAUGGUCAUGAAGCGUCACCCUCUAGAACCGCCGCAUAGGAAUAACAGAAAUGUCAAUCCGGGUGCUAGUAGCAGAAGGGGGGAUUUCAGAAGCGGGUAUGCUCCGGAAACCUGGAGUGGAGGGUUCCGACACGGAGCUAGUACUGCUAGCGGGAACGGCGGGAACGGCGGGAACGGCGGUGUGACUGGCGGGAGCGGCGGGAGCGGAGGGAUCGGAGGGAGCGGCGACCCAGCACCCGCCCCUGGCAGGCUGACGCGCAGCAGCACCAGCAAUAGCACUUCGACAACGGCGGUCGGUUGGGGAAGAGGAGCCGGCGCAGGCGCAACAUUCUCAGGCGCAAGCCCCGGCGCAGGCGCAAGCCCCGGCGCAGGCGCAGGUUUUGCAGGCGCAGGUUUUGCAGGCGCAGGUUUUGCAGGCGCAGGUUUUGCAGGCGCAGGCGCAUCAGGCAGCCCGAUGUUAGCGCGUGCUCCCGCAAUGCUCAGCGUGGGGUCGCCGUCUCCCGCCGGCUUCUCCUUUGGCGCUGGCGGCAGCAGCAGCAGCAGCAGGCUCAGCGACGUUCCUCCGGAGCAGUUCCUUCGAUGGACCAACGAGGAAGACAGGGUGCUGCUGCGCCACGUCACGCGUUACGGCACGAGGAACUGGGGCCUGCUGCAGCGGAGCCGGUCGCUGCCUCUCCGCGACAACAAGGCGUGCUGCAACCGAUUCAUCCUCCUCAAGAAGCGGUUCCUGGAGCAGCAGAAGGCGCGAGCAGCAGCAGAGUCGCAGGGUGGAGCGAGCGAGGCCAUGACUCCGCGUGUUCCAAGGGGGGGUCAGCCAGGUGCUGCCACAGCAGCAGCAGCAGCAGCAGCAGCAGCAGCAACAACAGCAGAACGGUUGGCCUCAGGGGGGGUUUCUGCUGCUACUUCUGCUGCCACAGUUGCUGCUGCUACUACCAGUGCUGCUCCUACUACCAGUGCAGCUGCUGUUACCAGUGCUGCUGCUGUUGCUACAGCUGGUGCUACAGCUGGUGCUAAAGCGCCACCAUCAGCUGCUGUCUCAACCGUGCCAGUCGUUUCGGAAGAAAGAGGAGGGGAUGGGAGGCGGCACCAGGGACAAGAGGGCGGGAGAGGAGCGACGUCUGCUUCUGGGGGGGGCGGAGAGGGAAGCGGAACAGCAGGGAAAGAGCGAGGGGAAGGGCAGAUAGCAAAAGAGGGGAGAGCUGGUGCUGAGGAAUCUGAAGAGCACAUGAGAGGAGGAGGGAGUGAUCCGGCUGUUGACAGGCCUUCUGCGGAGCAGCGUGGAGGGGAGGGGGGAAAGAAAGAGGUGAGCAGCGCGCCAGAGUGCCUCGAGGCGGCCGAUGGCUCGAGUGAGGGCACGAGAGAGGGGAGGAAAGAGGCCAGGAAGGCUAUAGAAGGGGUGGGCAGGGCGUUGGAAGACCAGCUAGCAUGGCUGUAUGAGCUGGACCAAAGGGGAGAUAGAGGCGGGGAGCCGUUCCUUCUGGAGUCGUUCCACCAGCACGACUCAAUGCGGAACGACGAUGCCAGUGUUAGCGGUAUGGAUGCUGCGGCGGCUGCUAUUUUUUCCGGUCCUGCUGCUUCGGCCGGGCCUGCUGCUUCUGCUCCUGCCGCUGUUGCUGGAGGGUCAAGUGAGGCGGUGGAUGGUGGUGGUGGUGGUGGUGGUGGUGGUGGUGGUGGUGGUUGUGGUGGUGGUGCGGGGAUGGCGGAUGGUGAGAGGAAGCGAAAGCUCUCUUCAGGUGGGCUUGAUAGGGGCAUGCGGUCGUUCUCUGACAUGUACCCUCUGUACCAAAAGCAGCAGCAGCAGCAGCAGCAGGGGCAACAGCUGCAGAAGCAGCAGCAGCAGCAGCAGCAGGGGCAACAGCUGCAGAAGCAGCAGCACCACCAUCAGUUCCAGCAGCAACCACAGACACAGGGUAUAGAGCCCCGUUUUCUUGAAUCCGAGUGGUGGUGGCAGCAGCAGCAGCAGCAGCGGCAGCAGCAGCAGCAGCAGUCGUCCCUGUGCAUUCCUGGAGCUGCCUGGACUUCGAUCUCAUAUGCGAUCACGUCCAUGUCGCAUGCUACAACUUCCAUGUCGCAUGCUACAACCUCCAUGUCGCAUGCUACAGCAUCCAUGUCGCAUGGAAGCAUGCCUGAGCACACUGCCAUGUCCCUUGGCGCACACACGCCGAGACAGCAUGCAUUCACGCUGCUUGAUGCAUCCAUGUCCCCCCACACUCCCACGGAGCAUGCAUCCACACCCACUUUCCCCACUGCCAACAUGUUCCAUCAUGCAUCCCAAAAGACAUCCGACCAGCCCCCAUCAAGCCAUCAUGCGUCCGACCAGCCCCCAUCAAGCCAACAUGCAUCCGACCAGCCCCCAUCAAGCCAACAUGCAUCUGACCCAACAUCCAUGCAGCCCCAAUCGACCCAACAUGCAUCACCAGCACAUUCAGCCAUGUCUCACAUGCUCCAUGCUUCAUCCAGGAGCCCAAGCAUGCUGGAAGCGACAUCCGUAGAUGUCGCUACAGCUGAUGCUGCUACAACUGAUCCCGCUACAGCUGAUGCUGCUACAAAUGAUCUAGGCAUUCAUCCCCCUGCAGACGCCAGAAAGGGCAGAGCAGCGCCCCUACCGGCCCCAUGUGUUCCUGCAACGCCCUCACCCCACUAUGAGUCGAUAGAGUCCUCUCACAACACCCCCAAGUCCCCCCAGCAGGUGGCUUCUGUUGCUGCUGCUGCUGCUGCUGCUGCUACUGCUACUGGUGGUGGUGGUGGUGGUGGUGGUGGUGAUGUUGCUGCUGCUGGUGGUGUCGGCAGCAAAGGCACGCCCCCACCCCUACGACCUGCCCCCACACCCAUCCCCCCCGCGCCCUCUGCCCUGUACGAGUCUCUGGUGGGGGCGAGCUCCCAGCAGGUGGCUGCUGCCAUUCUGGCGUGGGAGGGGACAGGGUCGGUGCUAGAGCAGCGGAGGAGAGAGGAGAGGAGGGAGAAAGAAGGGUUGUGGAGUCGGGGGAGUGGGGCUGGAGGUGCGUGGACGGCGAUGGAUGGUGAUGGUGCUUGGACUAGGACGGUCGUUGGUGGUGCUGAGGGAAGGGCGCUUGAGCAAGAGCAAGGGCACACUCCGCAGCAGGUGCGGCAGCAACAGCUGCUGCAGCAACGGGAGUGUGGGGCUGGUAGUAUUGCUUUAAGGAGAGUGUGCACAACAAUGGCUGGUGAUGGCGCGGCUUGGACGAGGACGGUGGGUGAUGCUGACAUGGGGGUGGCGCUGGAGCAGGUGCAGCAUCAGAUGCAGCCGAAAGAAAGGCAGCAGACUCAACAGCUGAUGCAGACGCACGUGCAACAACGACAACAACAGCAGCAGCAGCAGCAGCAGCAACAACAGCAGCAGCAGCAACAACAACAGCAGCAGCAACAACAACAGCAGCAGCAACAACAACAACAGCAGCAGCAACAACAGUUGCAACAACAGCAACACCAGUGGCAAAUGCAAGUGCAAUAUCAGCUGGCACAUCAGCCGCAGCUUCAGGAGCAACAACAGUGGGAGCAUCAGGUGCCACAUCAGGUGCCACAUCAGGUCCCACAUCAGGUCCCACAUCAGGUGCCAAAUCAGGUGCAGUGUAGCAUGAAAAAUCAUGUGCAAGUUCAGGUGAAACAUCGGGCGGCACAUCAGCAGUUGUUGUGGAGAGGGGGUCCAAAGGGGCUUGAGGGGGAGGCGCAGGGGUGGAGUGAGAGAGAGGGGCGCACAGGAGACGUUGAGAGGAGCUUGUCAGGGCAUGUUCUGGGGGGAGUUCAGGGGCGUGUUGAGAGGAGGGUUGAGAGGAGUGUUGAGAGGAGUCUUGCAAGGAGAGCUGAGAGGAGUGUACUGGGGCAUGCUUUGGGGGAGCAGAUGAUGCAAGUGGGUGGGAAUGCUGAGGUGCGGAGGCAGUACGGCCAGGAGGAGGAGCAGCAGCAGCAGCAGCAGCAGCAGCAGCAGCAGCAGCAGCAGCAGCAACAGCAGCGACAUUACCAGCAGCGACACCAUCAGCAGCAUCAACAGCAUCAGGAGCGAUACACGCAGCAUCAACAGAUCCAGCACCAGCAGCAACAGCAACAGCAACAGCAGCAGCAACAUCAUCAACAUCAGCAACCACAGCAGCAUCAUCAUUUAUUUCUUCAGGCUCAGGGAAACCACGGGGUUGAAAGUCAAACCCUAGAACCCCUGGCAGGCCAGCACCCACCAAUAAGGCCGAACCAAGCUCCUGGAGCGCCCCUACCGAGUGAUGCACCAGGGGGAGACGCGCAGUACGGGCUUCAAACAGCCGCAGAGGAAACUAGAGCAUCAGAGGCCCUGUCGCUGCCCCUCUACACUCACCCUCCUCCUUCCUCAUCCACACAUAGUGCUUUCUUAUCUCAUCCAAAUCCACCUCUUCAGACACCUCUCUUGCACCCCAGCUACUCCUUGCCUCCCUUUCAAACCCAACCCCGUCUUACACUCCCACCUCAUCUUCCUCCUCCAUCUUGCCUCCCACCCCCUCCUGACCUCCAUGUUCCAUCUUGUGGGCUGCUCGCAUUGCCGGAUGAUGGCAUGGCUAGCGUGCUCAUGAUGAUUCCGCGUGAAGAUGACGCACAUGCUUCAUUUGGUACUGACUUUGAUUGGUCCAUGGCGGCUGACCCGUAUGGCGGUGAUUUGGUGGAGUGGCUUACAGAAGGCGAGUAAGUGGUAAGAAAUUGAUUUGGUUGGCAAUUGAGGUAUUUUUUGUUUGAAUGUAUAUAAUGUCGUGAUGUAGCAUUUUUGUCAGUCUUCACACUCUUGUCUGGUAUAGAGAAAAACGGAGUAGGUCACUAAUGAGAUCCGAUGCGGGAGAAUUGAUGGGAGUGAUGGCAGGGCAGCGUUCCCCUCAGGUGUAGCGUGUGGUGUGGGCGGAGCUCGCUUGACCAGCUUUCUCCUGGGUUUCUGGAAAAUGCAGUACAGCGCAGCUUUGGAAUCACGUGGGCAGCAUUUCGGUGUGACGAAGAGACGCCUUCCAACGAAUCAC